UGUUUAUAAAAUGAUUUAUAAUACAUAUAAUAAUACUCCUUAAAUAUAUAAAUAAUACUCCUCUCAGAGUAUUAUAGUGACGUAUCAGCCAAUGCAUUAUUUUCAGGAAAAGCAAAAUUCAAUUUAAAAUACAGACAACUAUAUAUUUAGAAAUAUUAUAAUUAAUAAUUUAAAAUGAUCUUCUGGUACUAUUAGAGCUAUACCGUUUUGCAGAAAAAUUGGUUUGUAUGCUUUUAAAAGAAAUAAAACCAUUUUUGGUUGACAAGUUAAUAUGAUCCUGGUCAUAAAUUUCCCAACAUUUAAAAACUUAUAUAGGCCCAACCAGGUAGUGGUUUUAAAGCGAAAAUACUAUUUAAAAGAAAUGCGGUUUUUUUCAACUAUUUCCACUAAAAUUUAAUUUUAUAAUAGUUAUUUGUUUGCUAUUUGAUAAGCUAGUCAGGGGCAGGGGUGGGAAACUUCUGCCCGUGCCCCGUUAAAAAUGCAAAUACAUAAGUCUAUAUAGGACGAAUCACGCAUGUCUAGUUUGGUGGAGUAAAAUCUGGUAACUGAGAAGUGAUAAGCAGGAGGUAAACUCGAUAAGUGAUUACAAUUUUUACUCAUAAAAAAUCAAAUGAUAACGCAACGAAGUUUUGUUUACAUAAUAAUUUUGUUUCUUUAAAUAUUACUGUAGUCUUAUUUUAAUGCAAAUUGUAAUAAUUGACUGUAUUCUCACAUACUGAAAUCCACCAUGUGUGCUGUACUCGAAAUGGACGGUAAUAAUACUUAUAACGAGGUAGAAAAAAAAGAAAACCACUAUGUUAUUUGUUAAGACUUAAGAACUUGUUUGGAAACAUGUAUGUUUAAAAAAUUAAAUAUGGACGAUUUAACAUCACAUCACAAUAAAAACCAGUCUCGCACAACCGAAAGUGGCUUACCUUCUUGCAGUAAAGACGUUUCCAUUGAUGUUAAACAUUCACCAACUCGGUAUUCUGGAGACUUUGGUCGGUACUUCAGCGAACAGUAUUCUGUGCUCAAGCUUGUAUUAUGUCACUUGGAUUACUACGACUUGUGUACUAUGAGACGCGUUAACAGUAAGUUUAAAAGCGCAGUAGAUAUAAUACUAUUACGUAAUCGUAUGUAUAUUCAGUAUGCAACGCUAGAAUAUAAACAAGGAACUACCGAAAACUAUUCAACAGAGAAUUUACACAAUGACAGACCACCUAAUAAUGCAUUAAAUAAUAAUAAUCAUUGCAUUGACUUAAGGAUAGAGCCUAGAACAUUGUUUACAUUUGAAUGUAUGCCGGGUAGCGGAGGACCAUCAAGAUGUCGUCCAAAAAUAUGUACACGGUUGAGGGAGAGUACUAGCAGAAGUAAUGGAGAUGAUCGAUGUAGAGACACAGGUAGUUUUUUUCCUCGAGGAGAUAUUGUGCCAAAUUCAGUUACGACAUUUAUUCCCAUUGGAGCUAAAGGUAUAAUUUAUACUGAAAACAAAAAAAUUAAUGAAAGAACCAAAGUUAAAAAUUCAAAACAAUUGUUAACUUCUUAUUCAUCUCAUGAUAAAAAACUUGUGCUCUUAUACUUACCGACGAGUAAUAACUAUGAAGUAAGUGUAUUUACUCGUGUUAUAACAUCUAGUUCAUCAUCCUCACCUUCUGUUCUUUCUCAAGAAGAUCAUACAUUCUUCGCCCACCAAGGUCCUCCGAUUCGUGGACUUUUGUUCUUGAAAGUUGGAUCAUCCACUCAAGUUGAUACAAUUAUUAAAUCUAUAGUUAAAUUAGUUACAGAGAAUAAUAAUUCUCUACCUUUUGCUGUAUCGGGCGGCCAUGUUACAAGCUUGGAUUACAAUAGUCCUCCAAAGAAAAAAAACAGCUUAAUUCCAGGCGUCCUGCAAGUCGUAAUAUUUCGCGGAGAAGGGAUUUGUUGUGUCAGUGAUGUUAUCUCAUCAACAACAGAACACGGAAUAUUAUUGGGAUUAAAAGAGACUGAAAAACAUGUUAAUCAAACCUGGAAAGAAGAAGAUGGUGUAAUGUUAGAUUCCCGGCGUAGUUUCAUAAUGUCGUUCCAGUGUAUCGAUAGACAGCAGCUAGAAGAUCAUAAAUAUUUAUCAAUGGUUUGGCCAAACAUUCCAUUAUUUGGAGUACAAACUUGGGGUGAAAUUGGCUUACGAUCUUUUGAGAUUAAAAAUUUAGAAUGUCCACCAAAUAAAAAGAAAAGGUAUUCCAUAAUGCACUCGGUGAAAACUACGUUUAUGAUUAUAACAUUAAAAUAGAUGUUUAUAAAUUAUAAGUAACACAUAUUAUGAUAGUUAAUGAAAUAAUAUUAAAUGUUUUCAACCUGUGUAUACCUAAUAAAAUAAUUUGAAUUGUAUAUUUAUAUUUUAUUGUAUUUAUUUUGCUUGUUUACUCUUUAAAGAUGACUUUUAUAAACUAGA